AUGCAAAGAGGACGUGCGACAAUUAACGAAACUAACCAAAACAAUUCCGAGAAACAACGACUGAACUCUCCAAUGAAGGAUUACUUUUUGCACAACUCGAUGAACACCCCAAUGACUGACAUUUUGUGCAAGUGGAGUUCUUCGCAACAAUGUCGGAUUAUUUACACAACAGAGCGAUUCGAGUUCUCAACUAAAGCGAUCUGGAGUGUUUUACAUGGCCGGAGGAAUGUGAUGUGCUUGGUUGUCACAGACAACGACGAUGUGUUUGGUUCGUUUCACUCUCUCAUUCCUGAGAGACGGUCUGCAAUCGUUUCAAAUGACAAAAAGCAUUUUGUCUUCACACUCAGAAAUUCAUUCAACAUCCAGCCCACUCGUUUCUUUCAAAACUCCACCAAUGAAAACCAAAUGAUCAUUCACAGAGACUACCAAAAUAGCUGGGUCUUUGGUGUUGGGUACGGUUAUCACAUCAGGAGCGAAGGGAAAAGUUACAUUGGCUCUGCUUCGGGAGAACAACUCCAACGAGGGUAUUGUGACCACAUUGGUCUCAACUCUGACAUAUUCACCAGGUCGCACUACCCAGACCACUUUAACUUCUCGCAAAUUAUCUUCUUGCAAAUGUACUGA